CUAUAAAUAGUCUGCAGUCAGCUCUUCUCCUCACACUGACUGCCACAAGCACAACAAGCAACAUGAAUCCUCUGAACUUCCUGGUGUUCUUUGCUGCGGGAUGUAUGGCUAUUCCCACAAACCCUGUGCUGCUUCCCCUGACCAGCGGGGUGCACUACACCACCUACAACGGGGCCGUUCCUCUGGUUUCCACUCCCCUGAGGACUGUCCCUGUGGCUCCUCCAGCCGUGGCUCCCAGUCCCUUCGUGGCUCCAAAUAUUCCCUUGAUCCGGGUUUCUGAGUCUGAAAUGAACCAAGACCAGGUUGCCGCUCCCCUCCCCAUUAUUUACAACUCAGCUAUCGGCGCCCCUUCGGUUUACACUCAAGUUGCUGUUCCCGAUGGCUCGGGAACUGCAACCUACGGCCUGUUCAACCUUCAGCCUGUGCCUUCGUCAGGAGAUAUUCCUGAAGACUGCACUGUAGUCAAAAUCUUGGGCAAGGAAUGGUUCAUGGUUUGCAAGAAUAAUUAAGUUUUCGUUUUUAGCUCCCUCUGUGUCACGUACUGUUAUUUACAUAUCUUGAAUGAAAGGUUUCAUUAUUUAUUGUUUUAUAGUAUAUAAGAAAUAAAUUUUAAAAACAAAUGAA